AUGUUAUCUGUAGAGCUUGUGUGCCAGAGUGGGUGUAAAAUGACAUGGGAGUCACAAUCUGUGGUAAAAAGGAAACCUCUAGGAAAUUUAUUACUGGCAGCAUCCAUUCUUUUUACAGGUAAUAACUUUGCUGCCAUAAGUCGUCUGGCAUCAUGUUUUAACCUGCAAUUUUUCGGUGAAAGUGUCUUUUAUGACACCCAGCGUAAAUACCUGUUCCCUGUGGUGAAUGAGGCAUGGGAAGCAGAGAGUCAACGGCAGGUAGACAGACUGACUUCCAAGGAAGUUGUAAAUCUCGAUGGUGAUGGCAGGUGUGACAGCCCUGGCCACAGUGCCAAAUAUGGCACCUACACUUUAAUGGAUGAGGACUCUGGAGAUGUGGUUGCAUUCAAUGUUGUCCAGGUCUCAGAAGUUAGCUCAUCAAAUGCCAUGGAGAAAGAGGGCUUUUCUCGCUGCCUUCAAGACUUGGAGGAAAAGGGGAUCAUGAUUAACAGGAUUGCUACAGACCGCCAUGUUUCCAUCAGCAGCAGCAUGAAGAAGGACUUUCCACACAUCAACCACCAGUAUGAUGUUUGGCAUCCCUCCAAGUGAGUGGUCAAAAAACUUACAAACAAAGCCAAACAAAAGGGUUGUGAGGAACUGGCCCCAUGGAUACAAUCCAUUUCCAAUCAACUUUGGUGGUGCGCGGCAACCUGCGAUGGGAAUGUGCAGCUUCUGCGUGAAAAGUGGAAGUCUGUUUUAGAUCAUGUAGGAAACAAGCACAAGUGGUCAGGCAACACACUCUUCCAUCAGUGUUGCCACCGACGUAUCUCUUCCUCUGAAGCUAAGCAAAUUUGUUGGCUUAAGCCAGGCUCACAAGCUCACAUAGCUUUAGAGGAAGUGGUACUGAAUAAAAAGCUUCUUAAAGAUCUGGCUAAACUAACUGACUUCUGUCACACUGGUAAAAUUGAGGUGUACGAUUCAAUGAGGCUGAAGUAUGCCUCCAAACGUGAGCAUUAUUCUUACCAGGGCAUGGUAGCUAGGACCCAGCUAGCCGCUCUAGACAACAAUGCUAACACUGGCCUUAGUCAAGCUGUGAUAAAGUCAGGUGAACGGGCAGGUGAGGCACGAUACAAGCUUUGCUUCCCAAAAGCAAAUAAAAGAUGGGUUGUCAAACCAAUUAAUGAGAAGAAGUCAUAUCAGUUCUUGUCAGACCUACUUUCAGAGGUGCUCAGUCGUGUUGAGCAGGGG